CACACAUACACCUUAUUGCUUCAUCUAUUCUCUUCCAUUCCAAUAUUUCCCCACAUACAUCACUGCAAUCUGUCUCUAAUUCUCUCCAGUAUAUUUAUAUAUAUUCCUGGUGUUGAGAAGAAAUAAUAAUAAUAAUCGUCAUCAAUGGCGGCUAAACGGUUGUUUGAUGAUUCUGAUAGAGAUGCAGAAGAGGCAAGCGACAAACGCAUGAGACCGAAUAGGCCUUCUCUUGCUUCGAUAAUAGGGGAAGCAGUAAGGGUGAAAAACAUGCAGAACCUGUUGUCAGGGUUGGAACCUUUGCUAAGAAAAGUGGUAAAUGAAGAGGUGGAAAGAGUCAUAAUAAGACACCGUCAUGGAAGUAACUACACGCGUUCUCCUUCACUGAGAAUUGAAGCGGCAUCAUCGUCAUCAUCGGAGCAACCACCGAAGUUGCAACUCAUGUUCACAAACGAACUUUCCCUGCCCAUAUUCACCUCAAGCAGAAUACUCGACGCACAAGGGAACCCCAUGCAAGUGAUUCUUGUUGACAAAACCAACAAUGAUCAAAUGGUUCGAACAAGCCUUCCCUAUCCCAUAAAGCUAGAGCUGGUGGUUCUUGAUGGUGAUUUUCCCGGCGAAGAAUCGUGGUGGAGCAGCGAGCAGUUUAACAGGCAUAUAGUGAAGGAGAGAACAGGGAAGAGGCCCUUGCUUAGCGGAGAAUUGAACCUCACCAUGAGGGAUGGCAUUGCACCCAUGAAUGGGGAGAUUGAGUUUACCGAUAACUCUAGCUGGAUCCGUAGCAGAAAGUUCAGAGUUGCUGUCAGGGUUGCUCCCAACCAACAAGGUGCUAUCAGAAUUCGUGAAGGCAUCACUCAAGCCUUCAUAGUUAAGGAUCACCGUGGUGAAUUGUACAAAAAGCAUCACCCACCAAUGUUGGAGGACCAAGUGUGGCGCCUAGAAAAGAUCGGGAAAGACGGAGCUUUCCACAAAAAACUCUCAGCGGAGGGGAUUAAUACAGUCCAAGAAUUCCUCAAGUUAUCCGUUGUUGAUCCUCAAAUGCUUAGAAAGAUAUUAGGGAUUGGGAUGUCGGAGAAAAUGUGGGAAGCGACAAUAAAGCAUGCAAAGACAUGUAAAAUGGGCAACAAAGUGUAUAUGUACAGUCAUGCUAAUUAUACCAUCUAUCUGAGUCCUAUAUGCCAGUUGAUUAGAGCUGAUAUCAAUGGCCAAAUCCUGCAAGGCCGAGACCUAAACACCUACAAUAGGGGGUAUUUAGAGAAAAUGGUGAGCGAAGCAUAUAGCAGAUGGAACGAGUUGGAGGAAAUUGAUCAAGCCGUUUUGAAUGAUAACGUUGCUUUGUUAACACAAGGAGGGGAGCAAUUUGCAAACAACCAUGAAGCAGCAGCAGCUACACUUGAAUAUGAUGAAAGCAAGUAUUUUGGCUAUGUGCCAAGCAGUAGCCAUAGCCAUAAUAAUGAGUUGCCAGACUGGGAACUGAAUGCCAUGGCUUACGGCUUCUCAAAGACUGGAGCUUCAACUUCUGAUUCUGAGUGGCCCAAUUGAUAUUUGACUUUGGACCCCUACCUACUGUAUAUAUGCAACUUCUUUAGCAAUUCAGUAGUAACCAGUAAGAAGUUUUGAAACCCAUAAAAAAACUAGUGUCUAGGUUUAGUUGGACUAGCUUGGGUGGUUCAACACUUCAACCUGCCCUUAUUGGGCCAGUGUUGCACUCCCUCUCUAACCCAAGCCCAAGCAAAAGGAUAAACUGACUUGUGUCCAGCAUCAGUGAUAGUCUAAGUCUAAGUUUUGACUCUUGAUUAUGAACCAGUAUUUAAUUUGUCA